CCGCCCCUCCCCAUGCGGGAGACUGUAUGGAGGAAAAUGUGCGGUCCUUUUCAAUGUUUAUGCGCGACGAUCACACCCGAACAUCAACGGCAGCUAAUCGAGGAUUAAUCGAUGAAGAGGACGGCCGCGGUGCACGAUGACGGAGACAUGAUUUAACGUGUGGAAACAUCUUGGAGGAGGGGAAAAAAAAAAAAAAGUCUGCAGCUGAUGGAGCUGCUUCACGGUCACACAUUUGAUCUUUCACCCACUGGGACGAUUUAAACGUCAACGACUCUCCUUCUUCAUGGUGUUUGCAAGGUAUGCAUGCACCUCCGAGGCCGGCAUCGCAUCGCACUGUUGCAGCACCACGUGAUAUCUCGCUGUGUGUCGACAGAGACAUGGACGGUAUCGGCAUCAGCAUGCAGACCAAGGCUGCCGAGCUGGAGCGCCUGGCGGAGGUGCUCGUCACCGGGGAGCAGCUCAGGUUGCGGCUCCACGAGGGGAAAGUCAUUAAAGAUCGGCGCCAUCACUUGCGAACGUACCCAAACUGUUUUGUGGCCAAAGAGCUCAUUGAUUGGCUAAUCGAGCACAAAGAGGCCUCAGAGAGAGAGACGGCCAUCAAGAUCAUGCAGAAGCUUCUUGACCAGAGCAUCAUCCAUCAUGUGUGUGAUGAGCACCGGGAGUUCAAAGACAUGAAGUUGUUCUACCGCUUCCGCAAAGACGACGGCACCUUUCCGCUGGACAACGAGGCCAAAGUGUUCAUGAGGGGGCAAAGGAUCUAUGAGAAGUUGAUGAACACAGAGAACAGCCUGUUGCAGACCAGGGAGGAGGAAGGCGGGACCUUCGAGCGGACGCUGGUGGCCGCCGAGUUCAUUGACUGGCUGGUCCAAGAGGGCGAGAUGGCGACCAGGGAGGAGACGGAGCAGCUGGGACGACGCCUCCUCGAGCAUGGCAUCAUCCAGCAUGUCACCAACCAGCAUCACUUUGUGGACGGCCCACUCCUCUUCCAGUUCAGGAUGAACUUUCGGAGGAGGCGGCGACUGAUGGAGCUUCUUCAUGAGCGAGGCCGCGGCAUUCCCGAGAGUCACGACAGCCCUUUCUGCCUCCGCAAACAAAACUCAGACGGAGGCAACACCAGUUUCCUCUCAGUGAGUCCGACCAAAGAGAUCAAGGUGGUGGUUGGCGUGCGGCGCAGCAGCAUGAGCAGCAGCUGUGGCAGCAGCGGGUAUUACAGCAGCAGCCCAACACUCAGCAGCAGCCCGCCGAUCCUCUGCAACCCCAAGUCUGUUCUGAAGAGGCAAGUGAGUCCAGAGGAGCUUCAGACGCCUGGAGGGCCUUUUCUGAAGAAGACCUUUACAAUCGUAGGCGACGCUGUGGGCUGGGGAUUCGUCGUGCGAGGUAGCAAGCCCUGUCACAUCCAGGCCGUGGACCCCGGGGGACCUGCAGCGGCUGCGGGCAUGAAGGUUUGUCAGUUUGUGGUGUCGGUGAACGGACUGAACGUCCUCACUCAGGACUACAGGACAGUGAGCAACCUGAUCCUCACUGGACCCAGGACAAUCGUCAUGGAAGUCAUGGAGGAGAUGUGACAUCGUCACCUGAGGAGAAAGAGUGAACUUGGAGGUGUUGCAAAAGCAGCAUCCAGAUGGAGAAAGAGGAUGAAAGCAACAACUGCAAAAAAAUGUGCAGGUCUUCACUCUUUUUUUCUUUUUUUUUUGCAAGCACACGCACAAAAAUGAGAGAUUUUGAUUCCACCAGUCAUCAAGAUUUAUCUCUUUCACUUUAAGGACAAUCAGAAUCCAAAUGUCCAUAACACAAAAUGGAGAUGAAGAUAUCUAAGAGAAGAUAUCUCAAGCUAACCACCUUUAGUGACCUUUUCCCCACUUACUGUGUGGCAGCUUUGGAUAGCUCAAUGCUGCCCCCAGCAGGACAGGAAGACACACAACUGACUUAUACUGACUGGCGAUGUAAACAAAUGUUCACAGUAUGUUUACGCCAAGAAGGUAUGUUUUACUCAAAUGCGGUGUGUGGGUUUGUAACAAUAAAAAGCUCCAUAGCUACAUAUCUAACAAUUUAAAUCAUUUUUAAAAACAAAACAAAAUCAUUUUAUUCUGAAGAAUAAUUUCCUUUGCUGAGAAAUUGUUGGAGGGACAAACUAUAAAAAUAACAACCACACAUUGUGUCAUGAAUGCAUUAUUAUUGAAAAUGAUACAAAUGAUUUAAAACUGCGUAAAGCAUUGAGCCAAUCAAAACUCAAAUGCAUCUUUUAAAAAAACACAAUGCUGUCAUCUAGUAGCGCACAUGCACACAUCCCUGCUCUUAUUUUAACGUUUCACCAUGGACUUCAUAAAACUGCAUUAUAAUAAUGAUAAACAGGGUCAAAUACACCACGGAAUGUAUUAGCAAUCGCAGAGAAGCACCUGGAAGUAGUCCAUUUGUGUUUCCCCUGACAAAAGCACUUAGAAGACUAUACAUAAUUAAUAUGUUCAUUAUGCAGUAUGAUAGCAGUGGCAAUUUGAAUUUAGCUACCUUUACUACCUUUAACUUUACCAACUUAAUAAGCUAGUAAAUACAUAGAAUUACUUGUAGUUUAAUGUUUUGUGUGCAGAAACGAAUAAAGGCCUAAUGUUCUAAUAUUCUACUGUACUGUAUGAGUAAUAAGUGCUAUUAUGUUGUCCUUUGUAGACAUAGCCACAUUAGAUGGGUGCACACUGUACAUGCACGGGACAUAACAUUAGGUACACCCAAUAAUCUCCAGUACAAUAAAAAAAAAAAUAUGCCUUUAAGAAGUUAAUAAUGUGCUGUCUUAGUUCACUUUGUCAAUUUACAAAAAAAAAAAUACUAUAGUCAAAGUAUUAGAAACAAUAAUAAACACAUUUUAAAUGUCGUAAUUAUAGCUGGGCUUUUGUUUAUUUACCUAAAAAGGAUGAGACUAUUGGAGAGAGGCUGUUAUUUUUUAAAUGUAAAAUGUCAUUAUAUAUUUUUUAACUUUGAUUUUAAUUUGGAUUGCAUGAAAAAGUGGAAACAUAGCUCACCACUAGGCCAUUUAAUAUAAAAAAGUACAUUGCACAACACUGCAACAAUGUUGUGAUAGUGGCAAGGAGCAAAAUGCUGAGCAAGCAUUAAUACGGCUGGUGAGUUUAUCGUAAACACCAUUUUAAAGCGCAGGUAGAGGUAAAUAAAGCUACUGGGUGCUUCAAGCUCAGGAUGUGGAGUUAACACAAUACUACUUAAGAAGGUUGCCUACAGCCACAUAUGUUAAUGUUAAUUAGUUUUGUUAAUAUGUUUUGUUUGUUUUUAUUUUGUAACACACAUCCAGGAAAUAGUAGACACUUAUGGUUAAAUGGUUUGCGUUUAUUUUGAACACGCAUAUACACUUCCAAUAUAGUGCUUCACAUUUUUACAGUUUUUCGUUGCACCAUGUCAAUAAAGGAGUGGGAUGAAGCAGAGCUGAAUUAAUUAAAACCCUUUUCCAUUUAAUAGCAAUUACUAACGCAUUUGUUCUCUUUCAAAUCAGAUCCGUAAAUAAUACAGUUGAGUUGAAUAAGUAGUAAUUUACAUAAAAUGAACAAGAUUAUUUUGGUGGUUAAUUGAAUAAACUGGUGUUUUUGGAACAUUUAUGGGGGUUUUUAGACGACAAAAUGUAAUUCCUUUAGAAAAUAUUAAAUAAAUAAAUGACUUGAGGACAACAAUCAGAGGAAUCAAAAACAACAACAUAUUACACAUUUUUAAUGAUGUUUGUUUUAAGAAAGUGGUGAUUUGCAGAACAAUAUAUGAGAAUGAUUAAAAAUGAUUUAGUAGAUGAAUUGAUUUGACGUGAAUUUGCUGCUUGUUUUAAGGCCAUAUCUUACAGACAAAAAAGUACUGUAGAAAGAAUGAAAAAAAUAUUUUUGACCAGGAAUAGUAUUAUAGUCAAUUAUUUGACCAUGUCAAUCCAAACAGAGCGUUCAUAUUUUUUGGUGAAUAUUGGAUUAAGGUGUUCCCAAUGUAGUGUCUGGUUUGUGUACAGUACAUGGCAACAUGAUCUUUAACACAAUAAAGUAUAGGCCUGA